AUGCCUCCUCCGUCACAGCUCGCCAUCGCAACGGGCGCCGUGACCAGGCUCCUCAAAGAAGAAGCCUCGUACCACAAGGAACUAGCCGACCAGGAGGCGGAAGUGAAGAAGCUAGAGGAGAGUACCCGCAACGGAGGCGGCGACGGGGAUGACAAUGCCGAGUUUAUGCUGAAGCAGAAUAAAACCGCUGUUGAGCAAACAAAGGCCGUCUUUGGGCCGCUGAAAGACAGGAUUGCCGCGGCGGUGACCAAGUUGGAGGACCAGAUUUCUCUGGCGGAGGAAGCUGGUGGUUCGGAAGACCUGCAGAAUGCGAAGGACGUGCUGGGGCAGGCGAGGGCUAAGGCUUGA